CUUUAGUAAUGUUGGCUGUUACCAUUGUUGUUGCUUGAUUAAACCACAAGCGGCAACUAGCAAGCAAAGCAAUCCCAAUUACUGAAUUCUAAUUUCUAUCAUCAUUCACAAUUCACGUAUUACAAAUCAAUAUUGUGUGUAAAAUUUUAAAUGUGUGUGAAAAAACUAUAUUUUAUGGUGGAACGUAUUGUGAAAUUUACCUUUUUAAGUAAAAAGAUUGCUUAAUAAUAUUUAAAUUAAUAUUCAAAAUGGCACUUCCACCUACCUACAAGCAAAUUGCGAUCAAUCAACAAUCACCUGCACGUGCUCCAGUCACAUUCAACAUCUUAAAAGCCACUAAAACAGGAUCCUAUCAAAAUGAACGCUUAAGACCUGGAGGAAGUUCCAGUCAACUAUCUAGUUCAAAAGAUCAAAAUCAGAGCCCAUUUAUACCGAACAGUCAUGGAAAUCCAGCAUUUCAUCCUCAAAAAAUUUCAAAAUCUGCAGCUGAUGCUCGUGGUCUUAAACCUCCUAAACCUCCUGAAAAACCUCUUAUGCCAUACAUGCGUUAUAGUAGAAAAGUGUGGGAUCAAGUUAAAGCUAACAAUCCAGAUUUAAAAUUAUGGGAGAUUGGUAAAAUUAUUGGACAAAUGUGGAGAGAUCUCCCUGAAGAAAAUAAACAGGAGUACAUUGAUGAUUAUGACUCUGAAAAAAUAACUUAUGAAAAAGCAAUGAAGUUAUAUCACAGUUCACCAGCUUAUUUAGCAUAUUUGCAAGCCAAAAAUAAAGGAAAAUUAAACCAAGUAGAAGAUAGAGAACCCCAUGAAAGAUCAUCAAGUGGAGGUAAACAAACUGCAGCAGACAGAAGAAUUGAAAUACAACCUGCCGAAGACGAAGAUGAUCAAGAUGAUGGUUUCAGUGUAAAACAUGUGGCUUAUGCUAGAUAUCUUCGAAACCAUAGGCUUAUAAAUGAAAUAUUUUCCGACAGUGUUGUACCUGAUGUACGUUCUGUAGUUACAACAGCUCGAAUGCAAGUGCUUAAAAGACAAGUGCAAAGUUUAACUAUGCAUCAGAAAAAACUAGAAGCAGAACUGCAACAAAUUGAAGAAAAAUUUGAUACUAAAAAAAGAAAGUUUAUUGAAUGUAGUGAUGCUUUUCAACAAGAAUUAAAAAAACACUGUGUCCAAGCAGUUUCUGAAGAGGCUUUUCAGAAAAUGGUUGAACGCCAAGUAGAAUUGUUACAAAAAGAACGCUCUAAAAGUCUAUGCUCGGCAGCUACACCAAGUGAAGAAUUUUCAAAAGUGCAUUGUGAACAACUAUUAGAACCUAGUGAAGGAGUACCUCCUGUUGAAGAAGACCCUCCCUCAUCUCUUGUUCCUUCUAGUACAACAGAUACUAACACUGAUUCAGAGUCAAUGCUGGCAAAACCUGAUACUUUGAAGCCUGAUAUUUCAUCUAUAAUUAAAGAAAAUGGAGAAAUGGCCACAUCUCUACCACAGGCUCCUUUAGAGCAGCUACAGUUUUCACAGCAAGAUUCUGUUCAACAACCACCACAACAUCAAGAGCAGUCUUCAUUUCCACCUACACAGUUAGCACUUCAGACUCAAGAACAACAACAGCAAGCAACCCAACAUAUUCCUGCUGUUCAGCAACCUCUUCAGCAGCCAAUUUCUGUACAACAACCAUUACAAAUAAUUCCUACACAGCAACAGCUUCCUGUACACCAACCACUUCAACAGCAAAUACCUGCUCAACAACUUCCAGCACAGCAAAUACUGUCUGUUCAACAACCUCUACAACAACAAAUCCAACCACCACCACUACAACAACCAUUGUCUGUUCAACAACAAAUUCUUGUCCAACAGCCUUCAAUGCAGCAAUCAUUACCUAAUCAACAGGCACCACAACAGACAAUUCCUGUUCCGCAGUCUCCACCCAAUCAACGGUCCCUACAGGAACACCAGCCAUCACCUCAACAAGUGCCUACCCAACAACAACAACAAGUCUCUAUUCAACAACUUCCUCCCCAACAACUAUCUAUCCAACAGCAACAUUCUGUCCCCUUACCACCACAACAACAACUUUCUACUCCACAAGCUAUUCAACUGACACCAUCCCAAACACAACCACCACAGUCUACUCAACCAGCAACACAACCCCCAUCGUCUUCUCUGCCGCAGUUAGCAAUACCUCCUGAAACACAAACGCAAACAACUUCUCAACCACUUCCAUCUCCAGUUGUGGUUCAAUCAGCAGCACCAUCUAGUGAAGCAGUAAUUGGGUCAGAUUCGCCAUCUAAUAUUGUUUCAUCUACAACUGAAUCGCCACCAAAACUUUCUGAAACUCAGACCUACCCAUUACCAACACCUAAUGCUCCAGCUCAUUCAUAUCAACCUCCUGUAUCUCAACCACUAACGCAAUUGCCUUCGUUUCAAACUACACAAAAUUCUCAAAUUUCAAUGCCUAACACAUAUUCAUCAAAUCAAAUGUCCCAUAAUGGAACUCAACCAAUUCAUCCCCAUCCUGGUGUAAUGCAACCGCCACAAAUACCUCAAUCCCCACAAUCCUCUCAAUCGCCUACUGUUGGACCAUCUACUUUCACUCCAUAUCCACAGUCGUAUUCAACGCAAACUCCACGACCACAAUAUGGUUAUCCACCACAAGCAUAUCCACAAUACUCUCCACAUCCGUACUACCAUCAACCACCUUACCAACAAUAUGCCCCACCACCUCCAAGAGUGGCUUACUCUCAACAAAUAGGUUCUAUUACUAACCAGGAUGCUAAUCAACAAUCUCUCGAAAAUGGUAUAUACAGUGCACCGCCAGUAACAGCUAAUACAUCAUCAGAAAAACCAAGUGAUGAAAAUGAACCAAAAAUUGAAGAAGUAAAACCUCCAGAAACUAUUAAUACUACAGCUUCUGAAAAACCAACAUUGGAAGAACAAUCUACCGUAACUCCUCAACAACCUGUCAAGAAUGAUGAAACUUUGUAAUAUUUUAUAUAUUUUCUAACUUUCACAAAAUUAUUGUAAUUAGUAUAUUAUGCAAUGAAUAUUUGUUUUGCUAUAUUUCAUCAUAUUACAGUUAACACAACAAUAUAAUACAACAUUAUUAUUUGAAUCGUUUAUUAUAACUUUAAGCUUACAUUAUUUGUAUCGAAUAUUAUUAGUGCUUUAAAUUAUAUAAUGACCAACAUGUUUUAAAAAUAAACAUAUUAUUUUUUAAUUUAUAA